GAGCCCGGGCCUCUUUCAGAACGUUCCAGCCGCCGCUACAGCAGCCAUGGCCCCGCCCUGGGUGCCCGCCGUGGGCUUCACGCUGGCCCCCAGCCUGGGCGGCUUUCUCGGCUCUCGCUUCGUGUACGGCGAGGGCCUCCGCUGGUACUCCGGCCUGCAGAAGCCCUCCUGGACCCCGCCCCGCUGGGCGUUCGGCCCCAUCUGGGGCACGCUCUACUCGGCCAUGGGGUAUGGCUCCUACAUGAUCUGGAAAGAGCUUGGGGGCUUCUCAGAGGAGGCCAUGGUACCCCUGGGCCUCUAUGCCGGGCAGCUGGCCCUGAACUGGUCCUGGACCCCAAUCUUCUUUGGCACCCACCAAAUGGGCUGGGCUCUGGUGGACCUCCUGCUGACAGGUGGGGUGGCCACAGCCACUGCUAUGGCCUGGCACCGCGUGAGCCCAUCGGCUGCCCGCCUGCUGUACCCGUACUUGGCCUGGCUGGCCGUCGCGACCCUGCUCAACUACACUGUGUGGAAGGAGAACCGUGGGCGGCGCAGUGGCCGGCAGUCCCCGGAGUGAGGGUGCCCCGCUGAGGGCUGCCCGCCAGGAGCCCACCGUGGUGGUGACUGUCAUGGCCACGAGCCCGCUGCUCUGCAGGAGUCACCAGCAGGCUCGGGUGGUCCGUGCUGAACCCCCGCCGAGCUGGGCUCCGGAGCAGCAACCUGUGCUGCUGGCCAGAGAGGAGCGCCUUUGAGGUGCGUGGAGUUUGAGAAGCAAAUAAAGUUUGUCACCUCCUU